AGUUGUUUCGCUUUCUCUUUACCUUUCUCUUUCCAACACGCACGUUGCUUGUGUUGCACAAGUACCUCUGCACCUUACCUUCCAUCUUGUAACACAGUAAAGUACUUCUUCCACACCUUCUUUUACCGCUUUCUGUCAAGAUGCCGCGCGUGACGCUGUCGCCUGAGCUGACGGGCGUGACGGUGUACAACGACAGCGCGCAGCUGUCGUUCUCGGCACAGGUGCCGCUGCAGGCGUCCACCGCGAUGGUGGUCGUCUUGGAAAACAUGGAGCGGUACGGCAACGUGGACUGGUCGACGCUGCAGCUUCGUGUCGAUCGCGACACCGAUCCCGCCGUCGCGUCCGCCGUGCUGCUUCAGAACAUCAAUCCCAUCCACGACACAGUGACCGAGGACGUGCGCGCUGAUGUGCAGCGCGUCCAAGACGAGUUGAAGGCGAUCGAGGAGGAAAAGGCGGUCUGCCAGGAGGAGCUGGAGAUUCUGCAGGAGACGUGCGAGCACCUGGACGAGAUCCAGCACUACGUGCACGCGAACGCCUUUUCCGUCCCGAACCAGAAUGACGAGAGCGGCCAAAAGUACUUCCAGAAGUACCUGCAGAACACGGCGAACUGGUCCUCGACCGGCACCUUCUUUGCCUCACGCAAGGCAGCGGCGCAGCGCAAGACGGCCACGCUGCACGUCGAGAUGGAGGAGAUCGAGAAACGGCGCGGCGCGGCGUGGCGCAAGCUGAGCGACCUCGGCGGCGACUCUGGCGUGCGCACGCACCUGAAGAACACACUGGAGGCGACGCUGGUGGUGGCCGACUCGGUGCCCGCCGCGACGAAGCUGCGGCUGGAGAUGUCGUGUGUCGUGUCCGGCGCGGGGUGGUCGCCGCUGUACGACCUGCGCGUCGACUACGCCACCGCGAUGAUGGACGUCUUCUACUACGCCAACGUGCGGCAGUGCACGUCGGUGGAUUGGGAGAAGGUGCGGCUGCGUCUGAGCACCGCCACGCCGCACACGGGCGGGUCACCGCCGCCACUGUGGCCGCAGUGGAAGAUCUCUCUGAGCCCUCCUCCUCAGCCACGCCCCUUCAGAGCUGUGAUGAGGAACGCCAGGAUGAAGAGGGCAGGAGGCUUUGGCGGAGGCGCUUCCAAUGGCAUGCCCGCUGCCGCCUGUGCGCCGAUGCUGGAACAGGCUGAGGUGGAGAGUGGCGGCAGCUCCUCCAGUUCGACGGUCUACGCCAUUCCCGGACUCGCCACGGUGCGGCACAACAACGUGGAGGUGAAGGUGACCGUCGCCCACGAGCGCUUCCCGGUCAAGCUGCAGUUUGUCUCCAUCCCGAAGCUGGACCCGCUGACGCACCUGAGCGCCACGGCCGUGAACUCCACCGACUUUGAGUUCAUCGCCGGCCCGUCGAAGGUGUUCUACGGCACCACCUUUGUCAACCACUCUCAGCUGGGCAACGUGUCGCCGGGCGAGGAGUUCCAGGUCUCACUCGGUGCCGAUGAGACGGUGACGGUGAACCGGUCGCUUGUGCGUCGCGGCGAGUCGGAAAUGACGGCCUUCUUCUCCGGCAGCAAGUCACAGCUGGAGUUCCACCACGCGUACGAGGUGAAGUGUGGCGCGUUGGCCGCGAGCGGUCCAGUGACGGUGGUGGUGAAGGACAACUACCCGGUCUCGGACGACUCGGAGGUGACGGUGUCGCUGAAGGAGCCGGUGCCGACGGACGGGGACAAGCCCUCAUCGGUGAAGGGGGCGACCGUGACGGUGGACGAGGACACGCACGAGAUUGCGUGGACCUUCCAGAUGCAGAAGCAGGAGAAGAAGCACUUCGACAUGGUCUUCAUCGCCCAGUACCCGGAGAAGACGGACACGUUCGGUCUGGAUUAA